UUUACCAAUUAAACCAUUACUUGAUCAGUUUUUCAGUACUGAUGAUUUAUUUCAUGUGCUGCUUAAAAAAUCUCUAAACUAGAAAAAAGAAAAAAAGAUGUCUACUAAUUAUGUAGUGAUUUAGCAAAUUGAUUUACUAAAUCAUUUAUAUAUGUUGCCUAUUUACUGUUCUAUUUUAUUUGUUUGAAUUAAACACUAUGGGUCCAGUUACUUGUAUUCUGCUGGUGGCUGGUCAUGCAUCUCGUUUGGCUUUUGACGUUCAGAAAGAUGUUUCUGGCUGCCUUUCCAGCCUACAAGGGAUUCCUAAAGCUCUACUCCCAGGACCAAAUAGAAAAACUAUUUUGGACCUCUGGUGGCAAGCUUUGAACCAGUGUGAAGACGUAUCACAAGUCAUACUUGUGACCAAUGCUGACAAGUACAAGCAUUUUGAGCGGUGGGCAAGUGCUUCAGGAUUUCCUCUGACAAACAUAGUCAAUGAUGGAUCAACCUUGCCCAGUAAAGCUCUUGGAGCUGUUGGGGAUCUGGAGCUGGUGGUCCGAACUCGUCAGCUGCUGGACUCUGACGUUUUGGUUAUUGCUGGUGACAUGAUGUUUCAGGCGGGGAAGUUGAAAAUUAAAGAUGUUGUGGAUUUUUGGCGGGAACAUCCAGAUGGGGAUGUGGCUGUGUGCUACAGCUUGCAGUCGUCUGAGCUGACCACCAGUCGAGGCAUCCUUGAAGUUGAUGACCUCUCAAAAAGAGUGACAAAAUUUUUGGAGAAGCCGCUGCCAACCGCUACAAGUUCUCGUUUCGGAAGCGUGGUAUUUUAUGGCUUCAGAGGAGCAACUUUGCAGCAGCUGCAGCCUUAUUUGAAAAGCAAUGUUUCUCAACAUUACCGCACUAUGGGCAGCUUCAUUGGCUACAUUGUGAAUGAGCUGAAGCUGCCAAUGUACGGCUACCUAGUGAGCUCAGACUUCCAGUUGAUCGGGGACGUAUCACUUCAAGACUACCUGAGUUGGCUGCGACUGUACACCAACAACGCUCCCCUCACAACCUUCACUCCCAACAGAGGCUUCAAGGCCAGAGCUUUUGCAAGAGUUGGCAUCGUUGGCAACCCUUCUGAUGGCUUCUAUGGUAAAACCAUCGCCAUGACCAUAGGCAACUUUUGGUCUGAUGUUACGAUAGAGGAGAGCCCUACUUUGCGACUCCUGCCACAUCCACUCAAUGAUCCUACAGAAUUUGGCUCGCUAAACGACCUGCAUGGCAUCAGUACAAGGGAAGGAUACUUGGGUGGCCUGCGACUGCUGCAGGCGACUUGCAAAAUGUUCUUGCAUUACUGCACGCAACACAACAUCGUCUUGAGCGGUCGCAACUUCACUCUGAGCUACGACACCAACAUCCCCCGGCAGGUCGGGCUUGCAGGAAGCUCUGCCAUCGUCACGGCUGCCCUGCACGCGCUCAUGGCCUUCUAUGAGAUCUCGGACGACCAGCUGCCCAAGACCUUACGUCCGCAGCUCGUGCUCGACGUCGAGAAGCAGGAACUGAGCAUCAAUGCUGGUCUCCAGGAUCGUGUUGUUCAGGUGUACCAAGGCUUAGUGUACAUGGACUUUUCCCACGAAAUCCUGAAAAGACAAGGGCACGGCCACUACAAACACAUCACGCUGCCUGAGGGCACCAAAUUGCCAUCCUUCUUCCUCGCCUACAGGCCUGACCCUUCUGACUCUGGCAAGAUACAUUCGGACGUGCGAGAACGCUUCGACAAAGGUGACGCUCUUGUACAAGAGGGAAUGUCGCAGCUUGCGAGCAUCACUGACAUGGCGCUCGCCGCCAUCAUGCGGGCUGACUGGCACAGCCUGGGUGGCUUGAUGCGCCAAAACUUUGGUAUUCGGAAGCGACUGUACGGACGCGAGGCUCUCGGUGAGCAGAACCUGCGCAUGGUGGAGGUCGGGGAGGCGGCUGGGGCGAGUGUCAAGUUCCCCGGGAGCGGAGGAGCCGUGCUUGGUCUCGUCUCCCCCAACACUGAUAUGGACUCCCUGCGAUGUCAGUACCAGUCGGAGGGCUGCGUUGUUGUCGACGUCAUCCCUCAACUCGACUCCAGCCGUACUCUUCUCCCCCUUUAAUGAGGACUGUCAUGCAUUCACUACAUGCAAUUGACGGCAAUCUGACAACGAAUAUCAGACUCCAGCAAUAUUUAUUGCACUUUAAUGAGUAACGUAUCAGAUUUGCAUACGAUUAAAAUAUCGCUUCGAAAUUCCCAUGAUCGCUCUUGUUUAUUAUGAGGAAUGUUUGAACACCAAACAACUUGUGUACGUCCGCGGGUGUGGUGAAAUAUGUUACGUGCCAACAAAAAGAAUAAUCAUGAUCUUUAUAAGAAUAAUCAUGA